UUAUAACAGCAUUGCAUUUUUUUGCGAGUGGAUCUUAUCAAAUGAACAUUGGAAAAAAUAUUUACAUGGGAGUUAGUCAGCCAACUGUGUCGCGCAAUAUCAAUGAAAUCAUAGAUAUAAUGUCAAGACCAGAAAUUAUGAAUCAAUGGAUUAAAUUUCCUAGUACUUUGGCAGAAUUCAACGAACUACGAACACAAUUCUAUAGAAAAUUUGAGUUUCCAGGUACAAUAGGAUGCAUUGAUUGUACUCAUAUUGCUAUUGUCCCACCAGCAGCAAAUAAUAAUGUUCAUCCAGAACAUAUAUACAUAAAUAGGAAAGGAUAUCAUUCAAUAACUACUCAAUUGGUGAUUCAGGAUAUUUGUUACGGCCUUGGAUGAUGACUCCUAUAAUUGAUGCUAUCGAAGGUAGUCCAGAAGCUGAAUAUAAUAGAAAACAAAUGAAAUGUCGUUCAUUAAUCGAACAAUGCAAUGGCGUUCUAAAAAUGCGGUUUAGAUGUCUAUUAAAGCAUAGAGUACUCCACUACUCUCCACCAACAGCAUCUAAAAUUAUAUAUACAUGUGCAGUAUUACAUAAUAUGUGCAUUAAUGAGAAUGUCCCAUUAUAUUUAAACGAUGAUGAUGAAGCUAUGGACUUUGGGAUGUACAAUAACGAAAAUCAUAUAGAAAAUGAAGAAAAUAUACCUGAAAGAAACGUUCGCAGAAUUGAUCCAGAUCUUGCAGCUGGUAGAAAUAAACAGCGACUAAUGAUUGCAAAUUACUUCUCGUGAAUUAUAAAUAUCAUUAAUGUGUUCUUCCUUCUUACUAUUUAAUCCUUUAUUCUUAGUGUUUGUAUAUUUAUAUUUACAUUAAUGUAAUAACAAGUAAUCAUUAAAAUUACAAAUUAUG